AUACCUCGUGGGGUUGCCAAGCAACAAUUAUCUGUCGAGAAGAAGUCGACGAAAAAUCGAAAAGCAGCAGUACUAGUAAUUAAGACCAUUGGUAUCAUCGUUAUACCUUAUUCUUAUUGUAAAGCAAAAAAUUUACCUUGCAAGAUAGCAAAGGGGUAUAACAGGUGUAAGGAGUAUACACGUCGUAGGCGUUCUUACGAUAGAAAUAGGAUUUCCUUAGCAGCAGCGCAACAAUUAGCUACUGAAAAGGAGCGUUUAAACACUAAAGAG